GGGCACUUGUUAUCAACCUUUGGAAAUAGUCCUCGCCACAAUCAUGUGACAUUUAUGCCAGGGCAAUAGACUGGACUGGUCAUGUGAAAGUAAUCCAGGCUCCUUUAAAACAGGAGAGUCUGCAGAUAUUCCGAAUAAGAGAAGAACUGACAGACUGACUGAUUGACUGUCUGAGGAUCUUCUACCACACAAACCAUACAGGUAGCUAUAAGGGUUUGUUCUGGUUUGUUAUUUUAACUGGGGAUUUCUCUCUAGGUGCAAAUAUUUGUGAGGUAGACUUGUAUUGGUAUGAAAGAACGAGCCAUAGUUUAUUUGCCAGAGCCUAUCACUGAAAGAAGAGGGAGGGUUUUUGCAUUGAUGUGCUAUUAUUAACUCUAGUAUUUGCAAUAGCGACACAUGAAGGUUUUAAAGAGUGUUCAUUUGACGUCAGAGGAAUGAUACAGUUUAUACUGUAGUAUCUGUCAAGUGUACUUAUUACUAACAAAUACUGUGUAUAACAUGUCAAAAUAUUUUUUAAAACUCUUAAUACAACCUACUUUCAAGAAAUAAACUUUAACAUUUUGACUUACAUUUUCUAAGUAUACUGCUGAUGUAAAAAGGGCUUUAUGAAUACAUUUGAUUGAUUGAUUGAUACUGUAGGCCCUAUUAUAUGAUGUGAUAAAAACAGUAUUAGCUGUUGCUCUGAGUUACGUUGUGCCUAAGAACAGCCCUUAGCCAUGGUAUAUUGACCAUAUACCACACUCCCUCGGGCCUAAUUGCUUAAUUAUAAAUCUGGUAAAAAAUAUAUUUAUAUAUAUAUAUGUUUUCAUUGUCACACACAUUGGAUAGGUGCAGUGAAAUGUUUUUUUUUUACAGGGUCAGCCAUAGUAAGGGCUGUAUCCAGGCACUCCACUUUGGCCAUAUUUGCUUUAAACUGCACAUUUUUCUCUCUGCACCAUGGAGGUCGGUGCCCUGGGGCCCCAAAUGAGGUUGUCCGGCCAUGCCCCCUUCAGUCCUUAUUGCUUAAAUAGCCUGCAGUAAGGCCACUCAUUUAAAGCUCUUGUUAAUAAGUAACCAUGGAGCUCGAGGUACAUUUUCAUUCUCACUUCCACCUCUGAAGCUCUAGUGGUCUACUGGGAGGAGGCUGCCUUGUGUCAGGUGCUGAGCUGUAACCUCAAACUCUAUUCUUACUCAGUAGACAAAGAGUAGCCUACAUCACGGGUUGAAAACCAGUAACUGAUAUUUUCCUAAUUUUACCGAAGAAAGAAUACUAAAGUUAAGGCAUGUUGUCACCUGUCCACCUCCAGGAUGUAUCGUCUGUCCCUCCUGUGUCUGCUCUCGGCCCUGUCUGUCAGCUGGGCUAAGCCCCGCCUCCCUCUGCUGUCUCCUGAGAUGGUUCAGUACAUCAAUAACGUAGACACCACAUGGACGGUAAGGCCUACCAGUCCCUACUGUCAUAGCAGAUAGCAGAUGAUAUAAUGUUCUAAUUAUAGAUAGAUUGUAAUAAUCAAGCUCAUUCAAAUAUAAUGAAUAACCGCAGUCUAAGCAAAUGUUCUCUCUGAAAUCUUUACACCUAUCUUAAUUUCUCCAUAUUCUCUCACUCCUCUAUAUCCCUAUUGACUCUUUCCUUUUUUAAAAUAUAUAUCUCUCCAGGCUGGCCAGAACUUCCACAACAUUGACAUCAGUUAUGUGAAGAGUUUGUGUGGAACCCUGCUGAAGGGACCCAGGCUGCCAGAGCUGUGAGUGUGUGUGUGUGUUUGUGUGUGUGUGUCUGUCUGUAUGGAUUGACCGAAAUUGAACUAAUUCAUACCUUUCUCAUAUUAAUGCCUCUCUACACAUGCAGGCCAACUCAAGUUAUCAAAGCCCAAUCAAUGUAAUAUUCACCUAUAACUUGCUCCCUGGUUUACUUCCCAGCUUGUUCCCCUUCUCCCUCCACAGGGUGCAGUCUGAUGAGGACAUGAUUCUGCCAGACAGCUUUGACGCACGGCUGCAGUGGCCCAACUGCCCCACCAUCAAAGAGAUCAGAGACCAGGGAUCCUGUGGCUCCUGUUGGGUAAGACAGUGGAUGGAUGGAGAGAGGAAUGGAGGAAAAUAUUAGGGAAAAAGAGGAGUAAGGAGGAGAAUAGUAGCCUAUAAAAGGGGCCUAACCACUGUGUUAGUGCGAUAGGAGACAGGGAUAGAGGAAAAUAACUAAUCUGAAAGCUCUAUGAGGAUUUGCCUAGUAGCUAUGACUGAGUAGCUGUGCCCUCCUAAACCUUCUCUACCAUGCGUUUUCAAACCACAGGCCUUUGGGGCAGCUGAGGCCAUCUCCGACAGGUAUUGUAUCCAUAGCAAUGGCAAGGUCUCCGUGGAGAUCUCAGCUGAGGACCUGUUGUCAUGCUGUGAUGCCUGUGGCAUGGGGUGAGUGUGUGUUUGGCUUUUAGCAUAGCAGGUUUAGCCUAUGCUCAUUAUACACUGAGUGUACAAAACAUUAAGGACACCUUCCUAAUAUUGAGUUGCACUUGCACCCCUCCCCUUUUUCCCACAGAACAGCCUCAAUUCGUUGGGGCAUGGACUCUACAAGGUGUCGAAAGCAUUCCACAGGGAUGCUGGCCCAUGUUGACUCCAAUGCUUCCCACAGCUGUGUCAAGUUGGCUGAAUGUCCUUUGAAUGGUGGACCAUUCUUUAUACACAUGGGAAACUGUUGAGCGUGAAAAACCCAGCAUCGUUGCAGUUCUUGACACAGUCAAACUGGUGUGCUUGGCACCUACUACCAUACCCUGUUUCUUGCCCAUUCACCCUCUGAAUGGCACACAUACACAAUCCAUGUCUCAAUUGUCUCAAGGCUUAGAAAUCCUACUUUAACCUGUCUCCUCCCCUUCAUCUACACUGAUUGAAGUGGGUUUAACAAGUGACAUCAAUAAAGGAUCAUAGCUUUCUCCUGGAUUCACCUGGUCAGUCGAUGUCAUGGAAAGAGCAGGUGUUCUUAAGGUUUUGUACACUCAGUGUGUGCAAUAGCUCAUGAUAUCAUGACAUUGUAAGCAAGCUCACAUGGCCAUGUCUGAGGUGUGUGUGUGUGUAGGUGUAUGGGGGGCUUCCCAUCAGCUGCCUGGGACUACUGGGCUGAGUCUGGGCUGGUUACAGGGGGGCUCUACGGCUCCAAUAUAGGUGAGUUCUGGAUGGCUCUGGUACUGUGAAACCUACAAUAUGGAUACAAUAUAAAUGUCAGCAGUAUUUCUGGCUUUCUAGAUGAUUAAAUUACGUCCUUAUUGACUCUGUGUGUCUCAUACAGGCUGCAGACCUUAUAGCAUCGCUCCGUGUGAGCAUCACGUGAACGGAACCCGCCCCCCCUGCACAGGUGAGGGGGACACCCCUAAGUGUGUGUCUGAGUGCAACGCUGGAUACACCCCCUCCUACGUGAAGGACAAACGCUUCGGUAAGAGACCUCACUGUGUACCACUGUCAAAUAGCACCUCAGACUUACACAAUGUUGUACGAUUGUAUAUAAAUGACUUCCAAGCUAAAUCUGGUCUGUCACAUGAUCAUAACCUCGCGUAAUUGUCCAUGAAUUAGCGCAAUAGCCUUCAGCUAUGUUCUUGGCCUCAACUGCAAUGGUGGAAAAAGUACCCAAUUGUCAAACUUGAGUAAAAGUAAAGAAACCUUAAUAGAAAAUGACUCAAGUAAAAGUGAAAGUCACCCAGUAAAAUACUAUUUGACUAAAAGUUUUAAAAGUAUUUCGUUUUCAAUCUACUUACGUAUCAAAAAUAAAAGUAUAAAUAAUUUCAAAUUCCUUAUAUUAAGCAAACCAGAUGGCACCAUUUUCUUGUUUUUUUAAAUUUACGGAUAGCCUAGGGCACACUCCAACACUCAGACAUAAUUUACAAAUGAAGCAUUUGGGUUUAGUGAGUCUGCCAGAUCAGAGGCAGUAGGGAUGACCAAGGAUGUUCUCUUUAUAAGUGUGUGAAUUGGACAAUUUUUCUGUCCUGCUAAGCCUUCAAAUUGUAACAAGUACUUUUUGUGUCAGGGAAAAUGGGAAUGUAGUGAAGUAAGCAGUACUUUAAAGUAUUUUUAACAUGGACUUUACACCACUUCUCAACUGUGUACCACCUCAGUGUGUUGGUGGUGUUGGUGCUGACCAAUCUGUCGCCCCCUGUAGGAAAGCAAACGUACAGCGUUCCCUCAAAGGAACAGCAGAUCAUGACUGAGCUCUAUAAGAACGGCCCGGUGGAGGCAGCCUUCUCCGUCUAUGAGGACUUCCUCCUUUACAAGACAGGCGAGACUCUCUUUCGCUCUCUCACACAUAUCCACACAGAGGCGCAAGCACAGACACACACACACACUCCAUAGAAUAUGCAUGCACUCACAGAUCUGACAAGUUCUGACAGGUUGUACAUGCCCAAGGGGUCACUUUAUCCCUGUCUUAUGUUGCCAGGUGUGUACCAGCAUGUGACUGGACAGAUGCUAGGGGGUCAUGCCAUCAAGAUCCUGGGCUGGGGGAAGGAGAACAACACCCCCUACUGGCUGGUUGCCAACUCCUGGAACACAGACUGGGGUGACAAUGGUGAGGGUACCAAACAGCAGACACCAUUGCGUACCACUGCCAUUGUGACUCAAUAUUCUUCUUUUGCUUUGUAUAGAUGGACAUUUUAAUAUCUUCAUGUGUAAUACUGUUGAUGUGACAUGCUGUAUAAUGUUAUGCUAUGAUACUGUAGGCCUAAUGUAUGAUCUGUAUUGGUUCUCUUUGAAGGGUUCUUCAAGAUCCUGCGGGGAAAGGAUGAGUGUGGCAUCGAAUCAGAAAUAGUGGCGGGGAUACCCCGGCUUUAGAGUAAUAUUUUAUGGCUGUGUUCAGAGGGUCCUCUCUAUGGCCUAUCUACCACCCUGCCUCCCAAUUCAAUUCAAAGCGAGGGUGUCCUGCAUGAUCCUCAGUAUGGAUGUCUGGCUUUCAUAAAUGAUCCGUUUUAAAUUGUAGAUUAAUUCUAUGCUCUUAGGGUUGGUUUCCCAGACUCAGUUUACAACUAGUCCUGGACUAAAAGGCUAUUUCAAUGGAGAUUCUACAUUAACCAUGCUUUUUACUAGGCUUAAUCUGUGUAUGUGAAACCAGCCUUCUAUGACUGUAAUAUUAAAAAGUUACUCAUAAACUGCUCAUGUUGUUGAAUUCCGCCUUAAAGUCGUCAUUUUCACUGCUUUCUCUAUAUUUACUGGUGCAAUAUUCAACUUGGGUAUUUCUUCAAUGAGAAGCAUUCAUAAAAAGUGUAGAAUACACAACAAUUUAAUAUGUUGUUCAUGUCAUUAACACAGGAAAUACAAAUCAGGGCCUCAAAUCCUGAUUUGACCCUUAAGCCAAACAGUUGGGGGAGCAAUUACCUGCCAUCACCAAUUCCUCACCCAAUUGAUCCCACUACCAAUUACGGUAUGACUGAGGAAGAAAAACCCA